UGAGUGCCCAAAAUAACAACCUAAGACAAAGCAGAUAUUAACGUGACGCGAGAUGAGAGAUGCCAUCAUUGUAGCAUUGAUCGGAUCAAUCUUACUUCUACAACUAACUGCGCAGGCGCAAGACGUGACUUCCGAUGACGUCAUCGACUCUAGAGACAUAAUGUCAAUGAGUUUUCUCGUCUCUGUCAAUAACACUUGGGAUCCAGACGGAUGUAUUGGUACAGCGAAGACUCCACCAUUAAAGCCUGGGGUGAUGUACAAUGAUUCCGAUGCAAUUGGUAUAGGUGCAUGUGAUAGAGGACCAGUCAGAUUUACCAUCAAAAAGAGUGCGACGGGUCUCAAUAAAGUCGUUGAAGUGUCUUUUUAUUCAAGUAACACUGAGAGUCCUGGUAUGCCAGCAACAUGUACAAUAAAUUGGAACGGAACGUAUAAAAAUCCUGACCAUUACGGAAAUGCAGUUGACCAAUCGCCUCUAUCGAGCUGCUUCACUCUUCUGAAUUACAAGGUCAACACACAUGCGCAAAAGAGAAAAUCUCCUAUCGUCUUGUUGAAAUACUUUUGGUUCUUCAUACUUGACUGGGAAUACAGAAAGUGAGCUAACAUUUUAUUUGAACAAAUGCUUACGUACCAUUUAUACAGUUUAUAAAAUGAUGUUAAAAAUAAUUACCGAUUUAUGCUAUUGUAAUAAAGAAAUUCCAAGGUCACACAUUUCAAAUUGGAAAGGUUCUAUAUGGAGAUACAUAUUGCAGCAUUUCUCCAAUGAAAACAUAAACAAGCCGAAGUGUCGGCUGAAAAUUCGACCUGUAAUAGGAUCGAUUCAAACCUCUCUUCUGCAGGC